AAUAUUCGUGGGCUGGGGAACAGCACCAAAAGAAGAGAGUUGAGGAAGAUGAUUAACAAUGAGCACACCAAUCUCCUGUUGAUUCAAGAAACAAAAGUCGAGUCUGUUGAUAAGAAUUUUUGUAGGACAAUCUGGGGAUCAGAUGAAUUUGACUGGCAUGCAAAGAGCUCAGAGGGUAGAUCUGGUGGUCUUCUCUGUAUUUGGGACACAAAUUUAUUUGAAAAAAUUGAAGUAUUUGAAGGCGAUGGGUUUGUGGGUGUAGUGGGCUUAUGGUGUGUUAAUAAAGUUAGGUGUGGCUUCCUGAAUGUAUACGGACCUUGCAAUGUUGUUGCUCGAGCCAAGCUGUGGAAUGAUAUCACCAGCCAAAUCAAGAAUCGAAAUUGUAUUUUCUGCAUUGGGGGUGAUUUCAACUGUGUUAGAGGAGGGCAUGAAAGAAAAGAAAAUUUCCAUGAGAUAUGGGGUAAUUGCGUUCAGCUUGCUAUGAAAAGAAGUAUCAGUGACCACUGCCCUAUUAGCCUUAACUCAAGCAACUUUGACUGGGGUCCUAAACCUUUUAGAUCAAUUGAUAGCUGGACUUCUCACCCUGGUUUUAGUCAAAUGAUUGAGAAGUCAUGGAACUCUUUCCAUGACCUAACGGAGGAUGAUAUGCUCAAAAGAAAGGAGGGCUUUGCAGAUCUUUGGCAAUGCUUGAGGAAAAAAGAAGGUUUAUGGAGGCAAAAAUCUAGAGCUACUUGGGUUAAAGAAGGGGACGCAAAUACCAGUUUUUUUCACAAAACUAUUAAUGGAAGAAGGAAAAAGAAUAUGCUCCAUGGAAUUAGAUUUCAGGGAACCUGGAUUGAUGAUCCUGCACAAGUAAAGAAGAUUGUAAGGGACCAUUUCUCAAGCCAGUUCUCUUCUCAGCCCGAAUUACGACCAUCGUUACAGCACCUUCAGUUUUAUAAAUUAUCUGACAUGGAUAGAGAGAUGCUUGAGGCAGAAUUUACUAUUGAGGAAAUCAGAGAAGCAGUCUCUUCUUGUGCUAGCGAUAAAGCUCUAGGGCUUGAUGGGUUCAAUUUUCACUUCAUCAAGUCAAUUUGGGAAACAAUUGAAGGGAGACAACUUGUGGAUGGCGUCUUGACCCUUAAUGAAUUGGUACUUUAUUUGAAAAUGAAAAAGAAGAAGGAACUUUUGUUCAAAGCUGAUUUUGAAAAAGCUUUUGACUCGGUGAAUUGGAACUACUUGGAUUCUAUGCACCUCAAUAUAGGCUUUGGAGAUAAGUGGCGAAGCUGGAUGAAAGAAUGCCUAUCUUCUGCUUCCCUCUCUAUUCUUGUUAAUGGCUUGCAUGCUCUACUUUACGAAGCUGAAAGGAAAAAUCUUCUUGAAGGUGUGGAUAUUAAUGAGAAUUUAUCUAUUUCUCACCUCCAAUUCGCUGAUGACACAGUUCUUAUUGGAGAUGCUUCACUUAAGUCAAUCAGAGCUUUCAAGUUUCUUCUCAUAUGGUUUGAAAUGGUCUCUGGCCUCAAAAUCAACUUUGGCAAAAGCAUCUUAUAUGGAAUUAAUACCGAAGAGAGGGUCUGCCUUGAUAAAUCAAAGGGAAGGCUUAGCAUACCAAACCUUGCACUUAGGAACUCUGCCCUUUUAGGGAAAUGGUGGUGUAAAUUCUAUGAUGAUGAUGAGAAUGGGAAGUUAUGGAAGAAAAUCAUUGUUAGUAAAUACUACGAAGGUGCUCCUAUUGAUUCUAUUACUAAUACUAUCCAUUCAAGAUUGUCUCCCCUUUGGAAAGAUAUCCUAUCUAUUGGCAGAGAUGAUGAAAGAGCUUCUGCCUGUUUCAUUGAUGGUUUUAUUCGAAAGCUGGGUGAUGGUUCAAAAACUAGAUUUUGGAAGGAUGUUUGGCUAGGCAACUCUCCUCUUAUGGCUGAUUUCCCUCGCCUUUUCAACCUCACUCGAAGCAAGGAUCUAUUAGUUGCCGACUUAAAGCAACCCAACACAGAUGGAUGGGCCUUUCAAUGGCGUAGGCCUCCCUUUGGCAGGGAAUUGGACGAGCUUGGGGUGCUGGAAAAUAUUCUGGAAAAGGUGUUCAUCCCAUAUGAUAGAGCUGAUCAAGUUACAUGGAAACACAACCUGGUGGGAUACUCUACAAAACAUGCUUACAGGUUCCUUGAGAUCUCCUCAUCAUGUCUUGACAAAAGCUACUGUAAGAUUAUUUGGAGUCCAUUCACACCAUCCAAAGUCAGUAUUUUUGCUUGGCGCCUCUACUUAAAUCGACUUCCUACCAAGGACAACCUAAUAAUUCGUGGUGUUGACCUGGCUUCCAACCCAAAUUGUUUCCUUUAUGGGGAUUACAUAGAAGACCUCAAUCAUAUCUUUGCCACUUGCCGUUGUUCUCAAAAUGUCUGGAAGUGGGUUUGUUGUUGGUGGGGGGUUCCUUUUAUUCCUACUGCAAAUGCUCCCUUGCUGAUUACCGAGCUUUGUUCACUUAUGGAUGCCAGGAAAUCAUGGAACUGUUGGGCUCUAUCUAUUCUCACCACAGCAUGGACAAUUUGGUACUUCAGAAAUGGUAUUGUGUUCAAUAAACUAAAUUGGGAAGAAAACAACAUUUAUGGUCUAAUUCAAGCUAAAACUUUUUGUUGGAUUAAAGGAAAAUCAAAAUCUGCAGUGUUUAGUUUUGGUGAUUGGUGUCAAUUUCCAAAUCUUUGUGCUGAUGGCAUUUAGACUACAAAAUGUAACUCUUAUCUUCCCAUUUCUUUUGUAAGGGUGAGUACCCCUUGUACCCUUUUUUUUUAAAAUUUUGAUUCAUCAAAAAAAUAAUAAUAAACCGAUAUUUUCUAU